ACGCCUAAUCAACUGAGCUCAUUCUCACGUGGUGGUUGCUCCUUACUCCAAAAAUCCAGUGUUUUCAAAUAUUUAUUUACGUCCAUAUGAAGAUGCACAACACAGACACUCCUCCGAUGUCCCCGGGUCUUGAAGAAGAGCUCGACGAGGAGGACAUGGUCUACGUGGGGGACGUGGAUGAAGUGAUUGACGAACUGGAGAAUGGGGAGCCCAUGGAAGACGAAGAUCCGGAAGUGGACGAUUCCAUCGCUGUUUUCAACAAUCAUCAAAAAUCUGUAUUCUGCGGAUCCUUGACUAGAGAUGGAAAAUUGGCAGCCACAGGUGGAGAAGACGACAUGGCCUACGUCUGGGACACAACCUCUGGGGAGGUGAUCCACGAAUGCACGGGGCACAAAGACAGCAUAAUUUUCGCAGAGUUCAAUAAAGACGACACUUAUUUAGCCACUGGAGACAUGAGUGGAGUUAUUCAAGUUUGGAGGAUGAGUGAUAAAACUGUCGCGUGGGAUUUUGAAAUUGGUGAUGCAGCUUGGUUAAGGUGGCAUAAACAAGCGAAUGUUUUAUUCGCUGGUAGUGUAGCAGGUGAAAUAUACAUGUGGAGAAUCCCCACUGGCGAGUGUAAAAUAUUCCAAGGCAAUGGGCAGAAGACUGAGACAGCGGCAGUAUGUGCAGAUGGCCAGAGACUCGUCGCAGGAUACGAAGACGGUGCCAUCAGAGUGAUGGACCUAAAAGAAGGCACAAUUCACACAACAAUCCUCCCUAAUAUUGCCCACUCAGCUCCCAUCACCGACCUAGACUGUCAGUUCGACAGUAAAUUGAUAGUAUCUGCUGCCACCGAUGGGAAAACCGUUCUCAGUACAGUAGCCACUGGAAAAGUAGUCGGAGUCCUCCAACAUCUCCAGGAGAACAAACAAGCCAGUGCGGAAGAGGGCACGAGUGAAGUAUCAAAAACGGAGGAUUGGAUCGAAGCUGUGGCGUUCUGCAGGGAUCCUGAGCUCCAUUUCGCUGCAACCGGAACUUUGAGUGGAGAAAUAUUUAUUUGGGAUGUCUCAAAGCAGAUGGUUAGGCACAAGAUCACGCAAGAGGGUGGAGUCAGCAAACUCGUGUGGAAAGGAACGAGCCCCAUUCUUUUUUCUGCUGGAUUGGAUGGAGUUCUGAGGUGCUACGACGCCAGAACUGCUCAGCUUGUGAAGUCUUUUAGUGGCCAUGGCCAGGAUAUUCUAGAUGUUUUCAUCUCUGGGGAUGGAUGCAGAAUUUUGACGACUUCAGAUGACUCAACUGCACGGAUAUUUGAUAUCUCCGAAUAUUAACUUGGACGAUCGUGAAGGUCUCAAUAGCUCAAAUUCAAAAAACAACAUUCUGUUACAAAAAUAUAUCAAAGAAUAUAUUGUAUCCCCCAUUGACUAUAUACAAUUAAAAUCUAUUUGUUUUUAUUAAA